AUGGACAUGAACAUGAAGAAGUUCACAGUGCGGCGGUUCUUCUCGGUCUACCUCCGCAAGAAAUCCCGGUCAAAGAGCUCGAGCCUAAGUAGAUUUGAGGAAGAAGGUAUCGUGAAGGAAAUAGACAUCAGUCAUCAUGUGAAGGAAGGUUUUGAAAAAGCAGAUCCGUCUCAGUUUGAACUGCUGAAAGUAUUAGGACAAGGUUCAUAUGGAAAGGUAUUUCUAGUGAGGAAGAUCAAAGGAUCUGAUGCGGGUCAGCUUUAUGCCAUGAAGGUACUUAAGAAGGCAACUCUGAAAGUUCGGGAUCGGGUACGAUCAAAAAUGGAGAGAGAUAUUUUGGCAGAAGUGAAUCAUCCUUUCAUAGUCAAGCUUCAUUAUGCAUUUCAAACAGAAGGAAAGUUGUAUCUAAUACUAGAUUUCCUGCGGGGAGGGGACCUUUUCACAAGACUCUCCAAAGAGGUGAUGUUUACAGAAGAGGAUGUCAAGUUCUACUUAGCUGAGCUGGCCUUGGCAUUAGACCACCUCCACGGUCUUGGAAUUAUUUACAGGGAUCUAAAACCAGAAAACAUUCUUCUUGAUGAAGAGGGCCACAUUAAGAUAACAGAUUUCGGUCUGAGUAAAGAAGCCAUCGACCAUGACAAGAGAGCGUAUUCGUUCUGUGGAACAAUAGAGUAUAUGGCCCCAGAGGUGGUCAACCGCCGGGGACACACACAGAGUGCUGACUGGUGGUCUUUCGGCGUACUCAUGUUUGAGAUGCUGACGGGAUCGUUACCCUUCCAGGGAAAAGACAGAAAGGAGACAAUGGCACUCAUUCUCAAAGCCAAGCUGGGAAUGCCACAGUUCUUGAGCAUAGAAGCCCAGAGCCUGCUGCGAGCCCUCUUCAAAAGGAACCCCUCCAACAGAUUAGGUGCUGGGUUUGAUGGAGUGGAAGAAAUCAAACGUCACCCUUUCUUUGUUACUAUAGACUGGAACAAACUAUACAGGAAAGAAAUCAAGCCACCUUUCAAGCCUGCAGUGGGACGGCCAGAAGACACCUUUCAUUUUGAUCCAGAGUUCACAUCUCGGACCCCCACAGAUUCCCCAGGCGUUCCUCCAAGUGCCAAUGCUCAUAACCUUUUUAGAGGGUUCAGCUUCGUUGCCUCUAACUUGGUGCAGGAGCCUGCGCAGCAAGAUGUGCACAAAAUCACCGUCCAUCCAAUUGUGCAGGUACUGAUGCUGGUGUUACACUUCACAUCUGAUGGGCAGAACAUUCACUUUACAGAUGGAUACGAGAUCAAGGAGGACAUAGGAAUUGGCUCCUAUUCAGUGUGCAAGAGAUGUGUUCAUAAAGCUACAGAAACAGAGUUUGCGGUGAAGAUAAUUGAUAAGAGCAAGAGAGAUCCCUCUGAAGAAAUUGAGAUCCUCUUGCGAUAUGGACAGCAUCCAAACAUCAUUACUCUUAAGGAUGUCUAUGAUGAUGGGAAAUACGUGUACCUGGUGAUGGAGCUGAUGCGGGGAGGCGAGCUCCUGGACCGCAUUCUUCGGCAGAAGUGUUUCUCAGAGCGGGAAGCCAGCGCUGUGCUGUGCACCAUCACCAGGACUGUGGACUACCUGCACUCUCAGGGCGUGGUGCACCGAGAUCUGAAGCCAAGUAAUAUCCUCUACAUGGAUGAGUCAGGAAACCCAGACUCCAUCAGGAUCUGUGACUUCGGGUUUGCCAAGCAACUGAGAGCGGAGAACGGGCUGCUCAUGACUCCCUGCUACACCGCCAACUUUGUUGCCCCUGAGGUCCUCAAACGCCAGGGUUACGAUGCAGCCUGUGACAUCUGGAGCUUGGGGAUCCUGCUGUAUACCAUGUUGGCAGGGUUCACUCCUUUUGCAAAUGGACCAGAUGACACCCCAGAGGAGAUUCUGGCCAGGAUUGGAAGUGGCAAAUAUGCACUUACAGGAGGAAACUGGGAUUCAGUAUCUGAUACUGCAAAGGACAUUGUGUCUAAGAUGCUUCACGUAGACCCUCAUCAGCGCCUCACAGCAGUCCAAGUCCUAAGACAUCCAUGGAUAGUGAACAGGGAGUAUCUGUCUCAAAACCAACUCAGCAGACAGGAUGUUCACCUGGUGAAGGGUGCAAUGGCAGCCACUUACUUUGCUUUAAACCGAGCGCCUCAGGCACCAAGGCUGGAGCCUGUAUUGUCCUCCAAUCUGGCUCAGCGGAGGGGCAUGAAAAGACUUACCUCUACCAGGUUGUAG